CAAGAAGCCUGGCGCUUCGAGCCUGGUUGUCGAUAUCUAUUCUCACAUCAUUUCAUAGUUGAUUCCAUGGGACUCUCUCUAUGCUGAGUCUGUGCUGUUGGUAUUAAAUUACUAGGAGGGUGCCUGAUCCUGUUAGUCGUCAAGCCUCUCACUGCUGCCAUGGGAAGCUUUCUGUCGACGACGACCCUGACGACGUCAUCAGUUCACAGAGACAAGCGCCGCCGCCGUUCAAACCGGCUGUCAAAGCCGCCUCCGAAACAAGCAACAGUGGGAUCGGCCGACUCCCCCGCAUUCCAUCAACCUUCUCCUGCCAGUUCUUCUGCGUGUCUGCAACCCACUGCUGCGUGGCAGAAUCCAUGGACUGGAGCAUCAAUACCCAUCAGCACGUAUACAUAUGAUUCCGGUUCGAGCGGACGAAGGUCCCAUUCUCUGCCUUCCGUCACCUAUCAUCCUGGAAAGCAGUGGCCUUCCGUCAAUGCGACCCGAAAAUGCCAGUCCAUAGUAAAAGAGCCACAGGGCUCAAUCCUGCGCUCGCCCACUGCUUCCACUGUCGGCUCAUCUACCAUGAGCAGGCGAGCUUCCUUCCAGCCCUCUAGACAAGACACCUUCCGGUCCGCAAACUCUCGAACCGACCCACAAUCUCCAACUGACCAGCAGCCCAAACGAUCAUACUCCACCCAUUCAACCCCUCAUAGAACGCCUAGUGCUAUUCGCCGCAGUACGAUUGAAGAAGCAAAGUCCUCUAACACGCAUUUCAUGGUCGACAGUCAAGGGUUUUCUCUGAUUCGUCGACGGUCUCUGUUGACGCGGCCCGGGGUCGCGACAAGACGAUCGACAAGAGACUCAACUCGGAGACAGCCUCCGAUGAUUGAUCAAGGAAGUGAACCUUUAAAUACCUACACGAACAUGCACUAUCCGCCGCGCCAAGGAUUAUCAUCUGACGUUAGAGAGAGCACUCCCAGACCUGCUGUUCCCUCGGCGCAAUUACGUCCUCCUACGCCGAACGAACUCGAAUACACCCACUUGGGAGCCUUGAAAUUAGGAUCAUUACGCGUCGUCAAUGGAUCCGCAUCUCCUUGUCCUAGUGAUAGAACUAGGCUUAAAUGUCCCGAGAGUCCAGGGCCAGACAUACAGUCAGAAUGUGCAUCUGGAAUGGAGUCGAUCCGCUUCGAGCGACAAGACAACUUGCAUCCUUUGAUGGAAGGAAGUUCUUUUGAGCAGCCUUGUCUGGCGCCCUCAAGAAUCAUGAACAAUCUUGGCCACUUGCCUGCCUCUGAAUCAUAUACACAUCUUUCUGGCGGCGAGUUGCCGACCUCCCAGGCCACCCCGUCGAAUGUUGUUGGGGGCAGGCCUACUACAUAUUCACUCCAAAUUCCAGAUAGUGUUGGCUAUCCAAAGCACGAAGAUCUCCCGGCGAGCCCGUUUUCUUUCGAGAGAUCACCAACCAUUCCCGACUCAUUGACACUGUGCACAUCAGCAACAAGCCCCGAAGGAGUCUCUGUACCUGCCAGUAUUAGAGCAGAUGCUUUCCCACCACGAGGUCAUAUGAAAGAACACAGGCACAGAAUACCUCCGUACUCACACCCUGUAGCUGAAAGCGGUUAUAGUUUCGGGACUUCUAUUCAUUUCUAUCAUAAUCACCAAGCUGCAAGAUUUUCCCAGCCUCGAGUGCCUGCGCAGUCUAGGUCUGAAUCGUUUAGUUCAACACAUGGAAAUGGUUCGAAGAAUGUCCAACAUUGGCGUUCUACGGGCUCACCGGAUACGACAAAGCAGCCUCGCGUGCAUCGACAAUUGAGUCUCCAAGUACGCAGCAGUCGUCGCGGACCUGAGGUGCCUGACAGGUCAGCUUUUAUAUCUUCGAUGUGUCACGAGACACAACAGCCACGCCCUUAUGGGCGCUUCAGGAGCACUUCGUUUACGGUCCUGCAAGACUCUAAUGGUUAUAUGUCAUCGCCGCAAUAUUGUGGUCAGCUGCGGAGUCUUGAAGCCUCCUCUUCCGAUUCCGAUUGUAUGUCCCCUUCAACACAGCGAGCCCAAACUGUCACAUCACAGUCGCCAAGCAGUCUACCUUAUCGGAACAGAUACAGUUCUUUCUCUGAUGUUGGGAUGAGCAAUGUCAGUAUCCAUGACCCUCUUCUAGGGAAUCGCAAGGGGUCGGUAUGUCAUCAUGGCGCCGAGUCUUAUCUUGCCGUGCACUUGCCUGCUGAGAUUGCACCCAGAAACAUCCACUACGAGAGUAUCAGGACAUGCCCAUCAUUGUCUGAGGACAGCUCUACGUCAACUUCUCAGAACGGCGCAACAAGCGAUUGUGGAACUCAGGGCGGCGGUAGCAGCAGCAGCAGCAGCACGCACAGCGAUUCUUGGCGUCACAAAGCGGCCAAUGACACAUAUCAUUUGCUAGUCGCAGAGGAAAAGCUUAAACUUUGUGACGAACGUGUGAAGACCAUGGCCUCGGAAACUGCACGGGGUCGAAGCCGAAGCCGGACCAUUGAGCAUCGAGGACGCCGGUUGACAAGACAUGUCUAGCUUGCACGCCUAUUGAUGGUGUCGGUGCCUUCCACCUUUCAUCAAUACAAUCUUAUGUGUUAUCGUGAUAUUUCCUUGGUUGGAGACGUCUCUCCACUAUGUAUAUCUAAUUCUUCUUCACACUCCAUUUACUACCUACUAACCAUCAUCCUCACUGUCUUGCUUUCCUUGGUUUGGGUCCUCAUGUUACGAUACCAUAUUCUUUCGACUGGAUGGAGCCUCUGAUUUGAUAUUUCCUGCUAUUUAUACCAUAUUCCUCUGGUGGUUGUGUAUCAACUUCCGUUUUUCCGAUCCU